UUUACAAUUGAUGAUUAACCAAGUCUGGGGCAGAAGGAAAGGUGAUCUGCAACACAGGCUUGGCAGUGAGUGAGGGUUAGAUCAGAGCGCUGUGACCCUCGGACCCAGGGAGGGAGGGAGACAGGGAGACAGAGAGACAGAGAGACAGAGAGACAGAGAGACUGAGAGACCGAGAGGGAGGGAGGGAUGUGGCGGCGGGUAACUGACACCAGCAUCAGUGUCGCCGUCACUUUCAGCAGACGCGCCGCGCACUCGCUGCUCGGCGACAGGAGAGCCGGCCCGGCUGCCAGACCCGCCGGCAUGUCCUCCACACCCGGCCCCUCGCUGGACGUGGCCGCCAUGAGGAAGAGCUACAAAUGUGACCAGGACGCUUUCGAAGAAAAUCAUCUGGUUUCAUUGGACCCCAUGAAGCAGUUUGGUGACUGGUUUGAAGAUGCCACCAAGUGCCCGUCUAUCCUAGAAGCCAAUGCCAUGUGCCUUGCAACCUGUACCAGGGAUGGAAGACCCUCUGCUCGAAUGCUGCUUCUCAAAGGGUUUGGACCCGAUGGGUUCAGAUUCUUCACCAACCACGAGAGCCGGAAGGGCCGUGAACUGGAGACCAAUCCAUUUGCAGCAAUUGUGUUUUAUUGGGAGCCCUUGAAUAGGCAAGUGCGCAUCGAAGGGCGGGUGGCAAUGUUGCCGAGGAAGGAUUCUGAGGAGUAUUUCCAUUCCAGGCCCAGGAGCAGCCAGAUUGGGGCACUGGUCAGUCACCAGAGCUCAGUGAUCCCAAACAGAGAGUUUCUGAGGAAGAAGAAUGCAGAGAUGGAGGAAGUCUACAAAGGUCAGGAUGUGCCGAUACCUGAUUACUGGGGUGGCUACGUGCUGGAGCCGGAGUCCAUGGAGUUCUGGCAGGGUCAGACCAACCGACUGCAUGACAGGAUCGUGUUCCAACGCCAGGGCCAGACUCAGGUCCCAGACUCCACCCUGGUCCACCGGGCCCAGGGCACCUGGGUGUAUAAACGCCUGUCUCCGUGACGGAACUCCACCUGCCCCCCCCCCCCCCGCAGCCCAAGCUCGUCACUGCCACGACCUCGCCAGAUUCUUCAAAACUCUUCGACAUUUCACACUGUUGGAACUGCGAUGGGAACAGCCCUUCAAGGUGCCCUCGACUGCUCCGUACAACGGCUCAU